AUGCUAACUAAGACUUUAUUAGAGAACCUUGAGAAACGUUUAAAACAUUUGGAGUUAAUUUUAAGCUUUUUUGAUCCUAAUCAAAUGAAGUACUUAUGUGAAACGGAAGUUCGACUGCUAGAAUCAAGUGCAUAUCAUGAACUUUAUAAUGAACAUAAGAGUAUUUUUAAAUCAACUGUUUCUUGUUCAGAGAAAGAAAAUCUUAUUUUUGAACCAGAAUUAUCAAAUUUGGAUGGUCUUAUGAAUUUUUUUAAUGAUACCAAGAGACUUGUCAGCUAUGAACAAAAGAACUUUGUCAAAGAUUUCAUAAUUUUUUUAAACGAACAAAAAGUCGCUGCUAAGCAGUUUCUGCGUCUUCGACAGCUUUUAAGCGAACAUCAUGAAAUGCUUAAACGAACAGUUAAUUUUAUCCUAUUUCAUUACAUUGAGCCAAUGUUACUUCAAAAUCACCUACUACUCGAGUUAAGCUUGCGACUUCGGAAAUUAGAGAAAAGAGUUGCCAAGAAAGGACAAAUCCACAACCCAUAG